AUGUUUGUCCUUGCUAGCCAGAUAUCUUCAAUGAAUACCAGGCAGGCUCUUAAGCUUCGGGUGGUGCGAGCAUAUAAUAUCCCUGAAAGAAGUGAUCCAUCGAAGUUUAGGUCAAAAGAGGUUGUUCUGCAUGAUGAAGAGGGGUCCUUCUUGCAUGCUCAUAUACCCAAAGAGUACGUGGAUAAGUACCUUAGCAGUUUUGCUGAAGGUUCAGUGUGUGCUAUAAAAAAUUUUUGUGUUAUCAGCAAUUUUUACUCAUACAAAACCAGCCCACAGAAGUACAUGAUCAAAUUUAACUAUCAGACUGUUGUUAAGGAUUUAAAGCAUGUUAAAUUUCCUAUGAAAAUGUAUCGGCUGAAGACCUUUAGAGAGAUCAAGUCUAAUGAAGGCCUUGAUGAGAAAAUAUUAUUUGAUGUCAUUGGUCGAGUGAUCGAAAUACACUGCCCACAGGAAAAACUAAUCAAUGGCAAGAACUCCAGGCUGAUUGACUUCACCAUUGAAGAUACUGAUGGAAUACAACUAAUGUGUACUUUGUGGGAUGAACACGUAAGCAAGAUUGAGGCAUUCUACAAUUCUACUUCACAAGAGCCAUUAUUGGUGUUGAUACAAUUUUGUAGGGCUAGGGUUUGUUUAAAAAGGGGUGAUGUCAAGAUUUGUAGCUCCUAUGAUGUAACCCAGCUGCUUUUCAACCAAGAAUCUCCCCCAUUUGAGGAGUUCAGGAAGAGUAUCAGCCAUGAACAGACUCCAAUGCGCAGUAUAAUUUCCCAGUCCAGUUUUAAGGAAUGUAGCUCUUAUUCAGUAAACCUAUCUGGUGAUUUGGAAGUUCGUUCUAUCAAUGACAUCUACAGAGACAAGGAGUCUGCAUUUACAAUUAUAGUCAAAUUAGCCCAUGAAGUAUUGGUAUAUCACACUUUAAAACAGUUUGGGGAUUUUUGGGUGGCAGCAAGGAUUGUAUUCAUUGAUGACCCAGAGUGGUACUAUGCUUCGUGUAGAACAAAGGGUUGCAACAAAAAACUGAAACUCAAAGGGAAGUGGCUAUGGUGUAGUACAUGUGACAGGAAUUGGGGUGACGGGACACUCAGGUACAGAAUUAAGGUGAGGGUUGUGGACUUGGAUGGCAAUGCUCCUUUUCUUCUAUGGGACAGGGAGUGCAUCAAUCUACUUGGAAUUAGUGCAGAUGAUCUGAAGGAUACCCAUACUAAGGUACAAAACUAUAAGAUGAUUGAACCAGACAAGUUGUGGAAAGGGCUGCCUAAGGAGCUCGAGGCUCUCAUUGGACUGAAUCUCUUAUUUAGAAUUGCUGUUCGCAAAGAACAGUUCCAGAAUUAUCUCAAUGCUUUCCCUGUUAUGAGGAUCAUCACUGAUGAAAAGAUUGUAGAGAAGCAUGCACCCGAACUAAUAGGAGUUAGGGACAGGGAUCUCAGUUCAAAGUUGGAGUUGGAGCUUACAGAUGAGGACCUAUGGGAUCUAGAGGAAGCAGACCAAGCAAAUGAAGCUGAAAGUCCACUCCAAGUUGUUGCACAGAGACUGGAUGCAGAGAAUAGUAUUGAGAAUGGAACAGUCAAGAGAUCACUAAUCGAUGAAUUUUCAAGCACCCAAAAUUUUUUUUGCAGUGAAUGGUGCCACAAUGAAGGAAAAAGUUUGCAGAUAUAUGGUGAAAUAUCUCAAGAGAUGGCUGACAUGGCAGAACAGAAUGAAGAAUAUGGCAUAUAUAUCUCUAAAUCAGUUGAAGAUGAAGAUAACAUCUAG